AAAUCACUCCAAUGUAGCUCUUUAACGUAACAUGACAGCCGAACUAGCGCGCGGUGGGCAUGUGUCAGCCGCUCCACACACACACACACACACACACACACUGAGAGAAGAGCAGCAACAUCAGCAGGAGUCUGUUGUGGAAGAGGCUGUCAGCUGAAGAUCUCGUCUGGGAUUUUGCUGUUGUAAUAUUAAUGAACAUCUCUGAUUUACACCAUCCCAUUUGAUCCCUUUAUAUCUGAACCACUCCCAGCAGCCUGUUCUCCUCUAAAGCGAAUCAGGCAUAGAGAUGUCUCUCUAUAAAGAACUUUAAGUCAAACUGACAGAUAUGUUUUAAGACAUCCCACAUCUGUUGCAUUACAAAGAAACAACACAAGGUCACAUAAAAAAAUAGACUCCCUACAUGGGAGAGUCCUGCUUCAAUCAAACUGAGGCCUUUAAAGAUCACCCCAUUGACACUGCAGUCUCCCAUCUCCGGCUGACCCUCCGCACUCAACCUUCUGCCAGGAUGAGUGACUCACAUGAAGCAACGUCCCCAGUGGCAGGCAUAGGAGGCCCUGUCGCUUGCGUAUCCAAGGUGGAGCUGCGCGUUUCCUGCAGGUCCCUGUUGGACAGAGACACGCUCAAUAAAUCUGACCCCUGCGUCAUGCUCAUGGUACAGAACCAAGGUCAAUGGACUGAACUGGACCGUACUGAGGUGAUCAAGAGUAACCUGAAUCCGGUCUUUGCCAAAGUCUUAAUGCUGGACUACUACUUUGAGGAAGUACAGAAACUGCGUUUUGAAGUCUACGACAUUCACGGGACUCACAGUAUUGGAACGCGAGAUGACGACUUCUUGGGUGGUGUGGAGUGCACGCUUGGACAGAUAGUGGCCCAAAAAAAGAUGGUGAAACCUCUGUUGCUGAAAUAUGGAAAAUAUGCUGGAAAAUCCACUAUCACAAUUCACGCAGAAGAGAUUUCUGGGAACAAUGGCUAUGUGGAGCUUUCCUUCUGUGCCAAGAAGUUAGAUGAUAAGGAUCUCUUCACCAAGUCAGAUCCAUUCUUGGAGAUUUAUCGGAUCAAUGAUGAUGAAACAGAACAGCUUGUACACAGAACUGAAGUGAUUAAAAACAAUCUGAACCCUGUGUGGGAACCCUUUAAGGUGUCUCUCAUUUCUCUGUGCAGCUGUGACGAUGAAAGGAAGUUGAAGUGCUUAGUCUGGGACUAUGACUCGAGGGGAAAGCAUGAUUUCAUUGGCGAAUUCUACACUAAUUUCAAAGAAAUGCAGAAGAUUUCCUCAGCAAACAAGGUCACAUGGGACUGCAUCAAUCCAAAAUACAAACUGAAGAAGAAGAACUACAAGAACUCUGGUUUGGUUAUUCUCAGCAAUCUCAAGCUUCACAGAGUCUAUUCCUUCCUGGACUACAUCAUGGGAGGCUGCCAAAUACACUUCACAGUUGCUAUUGACUUCACGGCGUCCAAUGGGGACCCUCGCAAUAGCUGUUCCCUGCACUACAUCAACCCAUAUCAGCCGAAUGAGUAUCUGAAAGCUUUGAUAGCCGUGGGGGAGAUCUGCCAGGAUUAUGACAGUGACAAACGAUUCUCUGCUUUGGGCUUCGGGGCAAGAAUUCCACCUAAAUAUGAGGUGUCUCAUGACUUUGCUAUAAAUUUCAACACGGAGGAUGACGAAUGUGAAGAGAUCCAGGGGGUUGUGGAAGCCUACCAAAACUGCCUGCCCAAGAUCCAGCUCUACGGUCCCACUAAUGUGGCUCCCAUCAUCAACAGAAUAGCUAAGCUGGCGGCUGGGAAAGAGCCCAUCAAAGAUGCUUCUCUGUAUCAUAUCCUGCUGAUCCUCACAGACGGGGUGGUGACAGACAUGGCCGAUACACGGGAGGCCAUUGUUCGGGCCUCCUACCAGCCAAUGUCCAUCAUCAUAGUGGGAGUGGGGAACGCUGACUUCACGGACAUGGAGAUCCUUGACGGGGAUGAUGGGGUCCUGCGCUCACCCAAAGGGGAACCCGUCUUGAGGGACAUCGUCCAGUUUGUGCCCUUUAGAGACUUUAAAACGGCUUCACCAGCUGCACUGGCAAAGUGUGUCCUAGCGGAGGUGCCUAAACAGGUAGUGGAGUACUUCAGUCACAAGGCUAUACCGCCGAUAAACCCAGUGCUGAAUUCAACCCCCAACUCCAUCACCAACACACCUGAAUAACACUCAGCCUGAGGUCCA